UCCAGGCAGCUCGCGGUGGGGUGGGGAGCAGGCAGCCGCCGGCUGCGGAGGGAACCAGCGUGCGGCGCUUGCUUCUCCUGCUGCCGCCCUCUCCGGCUGCGCCCACCCCCAGGCGGGGGAGACCCUGGCAGAGAGGCUCCCCCUCCCCCAGCUCCUUGCUCUGGGGGGUACCGCAAGCAUUAGCGGGCUCCCGAGCGCUGCCGCCUCCCGCCGCUUGGGCGCACAGAGCGGCGGGGGCCUGAGCUGAAGCGUCUCCUCCCCAGCUAUUCAGCCUCUGAGUUUCCCCGGGCGGGGGCUGCCCGCAGUUCAAUGCUGCUGCUGCUCCGAGAUGCUGCACGCCCAGCUCCCGGCCGGAGGGGGGUAGCAGCUUCUGCCGCCAGCGCCUUCCUCCGCAAGGGCUGCUGCUGCUGGAGACUCGGGCACCACCUCCUCCCCACCAUGGGGCUGCUGCCGCUGGAGUGAGCAAGCGGAGGGCACAGCUCGCUGCCUGCAUGGAUGGAUGUGUUCAGCUUUGUGAAGAUUGCAAAGCUCUCGGGGAAUGGGCUUCUCAAGAGUAACCUGGACGGAGAGCAAGGGGACCCUGAGGAGAGAGGGUCAAGGUCCACAAGCAUGAGCAAAGGCUUCAACCCUGGUAGAUCUGUUCGCUCAUGGGGGCUCCACAGGACGAAGUCUUCAGGUUGGCCACAUCCUUCAGGAACCUGGAGCUUGAACCAGGGCCCACCCUAUGGAUGGGAGAUGACGACAAACAGAGAUGGGAGAGACUACUUCAUCAAUCACAUGACACAGUCGGCCACAUUUGAAGACCCUCGAAUAGAGAGCUGCCAAAUCACCCCUCCAGCCCCUCGUAAAGUGGAAAUGAGGAGGGAUCCUGUACUGGGAUUCGGUUUUGUGGCUGGCAGUGAAAAACCUGUUGUUGUACGCUCUGUAACACCAGGCGGCCCCUCUGAAGGAAAACUUAUACCAGGAGAUCAGAUCAUAAUGAUUAAUGAUGAGCCAGUCAGCACUGCUCCAAGGGAGAGAGUCAUCGACCUUGUCAGAAGCUGCAAAGAAUCGAUCCUCCUGACUGUUGUUCAGCCUUACCCUAAGUUUCCUUCUCCUCAGCUGUCUGCUCUGCAAGCCAAGGUGCAUUAUCUCAAGUUCCUCAGCGAUCUGCGAUUAUACGGGGGGCGUGUGUUCAAGGCAACAUUAGUGCAAGGAGAAAAGCGUUCAGAAGUGACUUUGUUAGUAGGGCCCCGCUAUGGUAUCAGCCACGUGAUCAACACCAAAACGAACUUGGUGGCCCUGCUAGCAGACUUUAGCCACGUUAACAGGAUCGAGAUGUUUACAGAAGAUGAGAGCACUGUUAGAGUUGAGCUCCAUGUCUUAGAUGUAAAACCUAUUACUUUGCUAAUGGAAUCAUCAGAUGCAAUGAACCUUGCCUGUUUAACAGCUGGAUACUAUAGACUACUGGUUGAUUCAAGGCGCUCAAUAUUUAACAUGGCCAACAAGAAAAAUGCAGGAAACCGAGAAACAGGAAAUGAAAAUAGAGGGAAGUAUAAUCUCCAUGCUUCUGAGUGGAACUGUGUACCAAAAACUACUACAUUCAUGGCUGAAGGGGCUCAAGAGGCCCAAAGAACAUUUGUAGACCCAAAACAGAAGACUGCAGAAGUUUCUGAAAGCCCCAUGUGUCAAAAAGACCACAGGCAUCUCUACAUAGAAAAUACCUAUAAUUCAGGUGGACUCGAUCAGGGGCUGACCAAACAAGAUGACUCCACGGAGGCAGGAGAAAACAGAAGUUUAAACCAGCAGUCAUUACUGUCACUCUCAGGACUGGAAUCUACCAAGAAAGCACAGGACUCUCCAAGGGGAGCAAAAGUAUCCUUUAUAUUUGGAGAUCACAGCUUGGAUGGUAUCAGUCCCCAAACCCUUGGCUAUGAAAGACUUCUGGAUGAAAGUCCAGAAGUAUUGGACAAACAGAGAGCUAUUUAUAUUAGUAGUACCAAUGAUAUUAAAGGUCUAGAAUUGUCUCCAGAUGUUGAAAGCAUUCAGUUUGCUACAAAUUCUGUUUAUGCAAGCAUAAAUGAUGGCAAAAUAUUUGGAGCUGCAGAAGGGAUAGAAGAGCCCUUGUUGCAUGACAUUUGUUAUGCGGAAAACACAGAUGAUGUUGAAGAUGAAGAUGAAGUUAGCUGUGAGGAGGACAUUAUGGUAGGAGAAAUCAGUAGGCCUACCAUUCUCAGUCUUUCUGGUUCAAGUGAUGAUAUUAUUGAUUUGACAUCACUCCCCCCUCCGGAAGGUGAUGAUAAUGAAGAUGACUUCUUAUUACAUUCUUUAAACAUGGCCAUUGCUGCUCCUCCACCUGGCUUCCGGGACAGUUCAGACGAGGAAGACUCUCAGCACCAAACAACACAGUAUAUAGAAGACAAGGAGCAAGCUAGUAAUCUAGGAAAUGAUGACAUUCCAGUAUCACUCAUUGAUGCUGUCCCUACUAAUACUGAGGGGAAGUGUGACAAGGAGCUAGAUGAUGCUGUAGUCUCCACUCUUCAAGCACUAGAGGCUUUGGCUGCUUCAGAGGAACAGCAGACGAAUGACAAUUCAGGUGUAGCAAUCUUGCGAGCAUAUAGCCCUGAGUCAUCUUCAGAUUCUGGCAAUGAAACAAACUCUUCUGAAAUGACUGAAAGUUCUGAACUAACCGCAGCACAGAGACAGUCAGAAAAUUCCACACGUAUGUUUUUGACCACUAGUGAAGGUUACCAACCCCUUGUGGAAGAGCAAACAGAGUUCCCCAUUGCUAAGAAUCAGGCUGGAGGACCACUUGCAAAAUCCUCACACUCCAUAGCUGGUCGUCAAGCUGCUGAGCUGCAGUCAAAAGUUGUGCCUUCGAAGCAGAUUCUUCAUUCAGACAAUAUGGAAAUGGAACCAGAGACCAUGGAAACAAAAUCUGUCACUGACUAUUUUAGCAAAUUGCACAUGGGGUCUUUGGUAUACUCUUGCACUAGUAAAAGGAAAAGUAAGAUGGCUGAUGGUGAAGUGAAAGCAGCCUGUGAUGGUAAUGCUACUGUGAAAAAGCAUCAGGGAACUAAAAAAGCAGAGACUGAUGAAGACCUAAAUGCUAUAUGUGGUACUCUUUCUUCAAGAGAUGGUCAACGCAUAAGCACUUUUAACGUGGAGAGAACUGCUUUUCGCCAAAGAUGGUAUGCUGCUGCCGAUGAUGAAGCAGCAGAUAAACCAAACUCAGAAACAGUGAAUGGGAAGACAUUUCCAAGAGUUUCUGGGCUUGGUAAAACAGAUACUGGCUCUAAGAAUGAAGUGAAUCCUGAAGUUAAUGAGGGUGAUACUUCAGCUCUUGGCCCAGGUGAAAACUUUUUGUCUGAUAUGACUAAUGUGUCUUCAGCCAAAGACCUAAAUGACUCAGAAGAUGCAGAUGAACAUUCUUCAAAGCUACCGGAAACUGAGCAGAGUGUGAGUAGACUUUGUGAAUAUCACUUGACCAAGCGCAUGUCAUCUUUGCAAAGUGAAGGCCAUUUUUCUCUGCAAAGCUCCCAGUGUUCUUCAGUGGAUGCAGGAUGCAGCACAGGCAGUAGCCCAUGUGCUACCCCAAUCGAAUCUCCUCUUUGUACCUCUGAUGUUAAGCACAUUAUCUCGGAUUCAUCUGUGAAGGGCAUUGGCUAUAUUCCAGCAGAUGAAAGAGUUGCCAUUCUUCCAAAUCAUGGAACAACAUACAAGGAACUACAUCAGCAGUCAGAAGCUGUGUGUCAUAGAAUGACAAUGCCUGCCAUUCAUUCAGCAGUUAAUGCCGAACCACUGUUUGGCACUUUGAGAGAUGGAUGUCAUCGGAUCCCCAAGAUUAAAGAAACUACAGCUUUCACAGAGCCUGGAAAGGGAAGACGAGGGGGCAUGCCUUCAGCUUUUCCUAAACAGCCUCUAACUGACUCCAUCAUGCUAUCAUCCAACAUUCACUCAGAAUCAAAGGUGCCAAGUCAAAAUCAAGACUCUUGUGACAUUCCUAAAGUAAAACAGGGAUGUGGGGCAGCAGUUAGUUUAUGGCCAUAUGACAUGAUGGGAGGAAGCCUCAGAAUGCCACACAGCAGGAAAGUAUUGAGACGCAGCAGCAGCGUCACUGCAGGGUCCACAGGCAUUGAGAUGCUUCUUGAGAAGAAAAAGGCUACACUCAGUCUGAAAUGUCUAGACAUUGCUGCAAGAGAUGAUUCCAAGUCCGAAAAAAGGGUGGAACUCCCUCUGGGCAAAAAGUUAUCCAAAAGCUAUUCUCAAAGUUCUAUGAAUGAUAGCACUGACGUCAAAGACAAUAAAAGGUCUUCAGUCACCAGCUCCAUGCAGAAGGACUCCAAACAGUACAGAAUGUUGCCCUUACGAAAGUCAGAUGCCAGCAACUGGAGAUGCCAUGGCCCAUUUAGCUAUUGUUUCCUAAGCAGAGGAAAUGACAAUGAGGAUGAUGAAGAUGAUGGAGACAACAACCACCUCUCAUGCCUCUAUGAACCACAGAUACCGUGUUCGUUACCAGAACCAGCCAGCCAGUCUUUUUCCAUUGAAAAUGAGAAGAAAGUUGUUGAGUCCCCUAAACAGAUACUAAAUAGUACACAUGACAAGAGCAAUGCUGAAGACCAAGGUGUCCAAACUGAUAUGAAUCUCAGUGACAUGGCCUUUGAUGCACAAAUCACAAGAAUAAAUGUGAUGAAAGAGAAAACUUAUGCAAUGCCUGAUGGAUUUCUUGCAGCACAAAAAGAUGCCAAUGAGCUGCUCUCUCUGGUCCGAGCAAGUGUGGGGAGGAGGGAAGAUUUACAUCCGGGAACAUAUGACCUUAAACUUUCUCAGUUUAAACAACUGUUAUCUAUAGAAUCGAGACAGUUGGGAAGUGCCUGCAGGAAAAUGGCCAUGGCUGAUAAAAGCCCCGAGGAAAUGCUUCUAGCUAUGACUUCCAGCUUUCAAGUGCUCUGUUGCUUAACAGAAGCCUGCAUGCGUUUAGUGAAAGUCAUGAACUCUGAAACACAGCAGCAGGAAAUUAUAGCUAAAAUAGAUGAGGUCGUAAUAAACUACAUUUGUCUUCUGAAAGCUGCAGAAACAGUGUCAGACAAGACCUCCGAUGAUCCUAGCAUUAAACUCUUGGCUCGACAUUCGACUACCAUGGCCGCUAUUGUAAGCACACUAACAAGUUCUCUUAAAAUGCUUUUAAACAAAUAAAAUACAAACAUCACUUCAUAAUCUACCUUUGCGAAGCCAUACAUAAAACCUUUUGUUUACUGUAUGUGUAUGAACUAAUGUAACAAACUCAGCUCCCUCUAUCUGUAUAUUUUGUUAUUUUAUAAAAAAUAAGUAUGAGAUAAAAAAAAAAAACAGUUCUGCUACCGAACAUUGACAAAGUACUGGCCAGAUCUAUCCUUCUGUUUAUAUUUUAAAUAAAAUGACAAAAAAACAAAAACAAAAAAUCAAAGAAUCCCACAAGAGCAUAUUGACAUUUGGCUAUUUUUCAUAUAGUCAAAUCUACAAGUGUAUGAUGUGAGCUUUUAAAGCCUGUGAUGUCAGAGGAAUUGUUUCCUGUUCCCUCCGAAUUUCCAUUUGGAGAACAUUACAUCCACAUUUAGAAAUAAGAAAUGGAAUCAUAAUGUAUAUAACACAGUAUUUAAUGUUUUAAAAUUAUAAUUUUUAAGUAUUGGAAAUAGCAAAAAGACAUUUAAAAUCCAAGAGACUAUUAUGACUUACUAGAGAAUAUAUAUAUAAUAAAUAACUCUUUUGUUCA